GUUCCUCUCUCCGCCCUCCCUAGACUUCCGCUUCCGGUUCUGUCGGACACUUCGGCUGUAAAGAUGAUCGGAGACAUCCUGCUCUUCGGAACGCUGCUGAUGAACGCCGGAGCGGUGCUUAACUUUAAGCUGAAAAAGAAGGACUCGCAUGGCUUUGGGGAGGAGUCCAGGGAGCCUAGCACAGGUGACAACAUCCGGGAAUUCCUACUGAGCCUCAGGUACUUCCGAAUCUUCAUCGCCCUGUGGAACGUUUUCAUGAUGUUCUGCAUGAUCGUGCUAUUUGGCUCCUGAGCUCCAGAUACUGAACCAGUAACACACCUUCCCGGAUGCCAAGCCUCCCUCUGUUCCUGACAACUUCAAGAAUGUUUUUGACUGGAAAACUGGUGACCUUCCCAGAAAGCCCAAGCUCGUGGUGGGUGAAAAAAAUGUUCACCAAGAUACACUUGGUUUCCUGGCCACGUCACUGUUGUUUUUUUAAAGAUAUUUUCAAUUGGUCUGUGCAUUGAAAUGUUGUCUACUUAAGGAGUUUCAGGAGGGUUUAUGUAAGGGACUGAUAACAUUGCCUUCUUUAUAGAAAAAAGAACAUGUCUAGAUAGUUUUAUUGAAUUGGAAUCCCUCUUCCACUAAGCUUUCAUUAGAAACGUUUCUAUUGGCUAUGUCUUGGUUUAUUUUUAAUAACUAUCCCUUUUGGUUCGAAUUACACAUUUUUAGAAAUCAUUUAUUUCCAAGGAUCUGAACCAGAAAGGUUGGCUUUUAAGUUUGAUGCAGCCUUUAUUAGAUUCGGUGAAUAACAGAGUUCAUUGUUGCUGGGUCUGUGUUCAGUUCCUUCUCUGUCCCAGUAGGCGCGCUUGGAUUACAGUGUAGCUGUCGUCCCUAGGACUUUAAGGGUGAAGUCUUAUUGGUUCCCACGGAAGAGAUGUGCAGAAGAGUUGGCAGGGGCAGGCAGAUGUCUUAUGAGAAAUUAUGCCUUGCCUUGAAAGCCCUCUGUUAAAUGGGCCAUUAAUUGUACAAUUUUUAGAGUGAGAGUGAUUUAUGUGGUAAUAUUGGGACCUAGUUCUGAAAGCUUGGGGUUUUAGGGUCUGUUUUUCAAAUGGGUGAUUUCAAGGUUGGAAAAAGAAUGAGCUUCAUUUGAGCAUUUUGUACAGAAGCUGCUUUAAAAGAAAGUCCUGGUUUAAUUGCCAAAAUGAAACGCUGGUGGUCAGUACCUGGAUCUCAUAGGUGUUUGAUUUGUUUGUUGUGGGUUUUGGAAUCCUGACUUGUAGGUAAGCCUGGUGGGAGGAAAAAGCAAACACGCAGGCUUUUAGAACUAAAUAGCAUUGAAAAUAAAGCUCAUUUCCUAAAAGGA